AUGUCUACUCAAGAACAAUUACCUGGGGAAAACACUCCCACAGCUAACUCCCUCAUCGAAAAGGAAAGCAAAACCGACGACAUCAACCAAAUCGUCGCUGAUGCCCUUGCUAACAAGACUUUCAAGGACUACUUUUUAAUCUCAUGUUUAUGUUUCUUAGUUGCCUUUGGUGGUUUCGUCUUUGGUUACGAUACUGGUACUAUUUCAGGUUUCGUCAAUAUGACUGAUUUCAUUGAAAGAUUCGGUUCAAGAGGUGCCGAUGGUGUUGCCACUUUAUCAUCCAUGAGAAUUGGUUUAAUGAUUUCUAUUUUCAACAUUGGUUGUGCUCUCGGUGGUCUUGUUUUCGCCAAGGUUGGUGAUAUGAAAGGUAGAAGAAUUGGUUUGAUGUUCUCUAUGGCCAUUUAUGUUGCUGGUAUUGCUAUUCAAAUUUCUUCCCAUGACAAAUGGUACCAAAUUAUGAUUGGUCGUUUCGUUACUGGUUUAUCUGUUGGUAUUGUCUCCGUCAUUGCUCCUAUGUUUAUUGGUGAAACUUCUCCAAAGGCUGUUAGAGGUACUUUAGUUUGUUGUUUCCAAUUAUGCAUCACCCUUGGUAUCUUUAUUGGUUACUGUUGUACUUAUGGUACCAAGACCUUAAGUGACUCUAGACAAUGGAGAAUUCCAUUAGGUUUAUGUUUCCUUUGGGCUAUAUUCCUUACCGUUGGUAUGCUUUUCAUGCCAGAAUCCCCAAGAUUCUUGGUUGAAAAGAAGAGAAUUGAAGACGCUAAGAAAUCCAUUGCUACCGUUAACAAGUUAUCCACUGAAGACCCAGCUGUUUAUGCUGAAUUACAAUUAAUCCAAGCCGGUGUUGACAGAGAACAAUUAGCUGGUAAUGCCUCUUGGGGUGAAUUGAUUACUGGUAAGCCAGCCAUUUUCAGAAGAGUCGUUAUGGGUGUUUGUUUAGCUUCCUUACAACAAUUAACUGGUAUCAACUAUUUCUUCUACUUUGCUACUACCAUUUUCAAGGCUGUCGGUUUAGAAGAUUCUUUCCAAACUUCCAUCAUCUUAGGUGCUGUCAAUUUCCUUUCCACUUUUGUUAACAUUUGGGCUAUUGAAAGAUUCGGUAGAAGAUUAUGUUUAUUAGUGGGGGCUGCUGGUAUGUUUGUUUGUCUUAUCAUUUACUCCGGUAUUGGUUCUAAGGCCUUAUACGGUACUGACAGUCUUGGUAAUGAAACCACUAACCUUACCACUGGUAGAGCUAUGAUUUUCGUUACUUGUUUGUACAUUUUCUUCUUUGCUUCUACCUGGGCUGGUGGUGUCUUCUGUAUUCUUUCCGAAACUUACCCAUUACGUGUUAGAUCUAAGGCUAUGGCUGUUGCUAUUGGUGCUAAUUGGUUAUUAGGUUUCACCAUUUCCCUUACCUCCUCAUUCAUUAUUAAUGCUAUCCACUUCUACUAUGGUUUCGUUUUCACUGGUUGUCUUGCUGCUGCCUUUGUCUUCAUUUACUUCUGUCUUAAUGAAACUAAGGGUUUGAGUUUGGAAGAAGUUGAUGAACUUUACGCUCAAAAGAUUCUUCCAUGGAAGUCUGCUUCUUGGGUCCCACCAUCCGCACAACACAUGGCCAGCUCUACUGGUUACGCUAAGUCUUCUCAAGAACACUUAGUAUAA